AAGCAGCAGCAGCAGCCUGUGCACCCACAUGGGAGACAUGGAAGAAGCUACUGGCUCUUGGCUUUGGAUUGGCCCAGCCCCAAUUGUUGUGGCCAUUUGGGGAGUGAACCAGCAAAUGGAAGAUCUCUCUCUCUCUUGGUCUCUCCCUUUCUCUGUAACUCUGCCUCUCACAUGAGCUGGAUCAGAAGUGGAGCAGCCAGGACUCAACCCAGCACCCAUAUGGAAUGCCAGCACUUCAGGUUGUGGCUUUACCCGCUAUGCCACAGCACCGGCCCAACAAAAUACAAUGCCCAGAAGCUUUUGGAAGGCAGUGACGGUGGCUGUGGUGGGAAUGCGAUCCCGAAAUCAAGGUGGUGAAAGUUCAGCUAACGGGCAUAUCUCCUGCCCCAAGUCCUCCAUCAUCCACAAUGCGGAGGAUAAAAGUCUCUCCGAAGAUGCAAAGAAGAAGAACAAAUCAAGUAGGAAGGAGGAGGAUGUCAUGGCCUCAGGAACUGUCAAACGACACCUAAAACCAUCUGGAGAAAGUGAACGCAAGACAAAGAAAUUCCUGGAGUUAUCCAAAGAAGACCUCCUCCAGUUACUCAGUAUAAUGGAAGGAGAGUUGCAGGCCAGAGAGGAUGUGAUCCACAUGCUGAAGACAGAAAAAACCAAGCCUGAGGUUCUGGAGGCUCAUUACGGAUCUGCAGAGCCAGAGAAAGUGCUGCGAAUCCUGCACCGAGAUGCCAUCCUUGCCCAGGAGAAAUCCAUAGGAGAAGAUGUCUAUGAGAAACCCAUCUCAGAGCUGGACAGACUUGAAGAAAAACAGAAGGAAACCUACCGGCGAAUGCUAGAGCAGCUGCUGCUGGCAGAGAAGUGUCACAGGCGCACCGUGUACGAGUUGGAGAACGAGAAGCAUAAGCACACCGACUACAUGAACAAGAGCGACGACUUCACCAACCUGCUGGAGCAGGAGCGGGAGAGGUUGAAAAAGCUUCUCGAACAAGAAAAGGCUUAUCAAGCCCGGAAAGAAAAGGAAAAUGCCAAACGGCUCAAUAAACUAAGAGAUGAGCUUGUCAAACUCAAAUCCUUUGCACUCAUGCUGGUGGAUGAAAGACAAAUGCAUAUUGAGCAACUUGGCUUGCAAAGCCAGAAAGUACAGGAUCUUACUCAGAAACUAAGGGAAGAAGAAGAAAAGCUCAAAGCCAUUACUUCUAAAUCCAAAGAAGACAGACAAAAAUUACUCAAGUUAGAAGUGGACUUUGAGCACAAGGCUUCCAGGUUUUCUCAGGAACAUGAAGAGAUGAAUGCUAAAUUGGCUAAUCAAGAAUCCCACAACAGGCAACUUAGACUCAAGCUGGUUGGCUUAACUCAAAGAAUCGAAGAGCUAGAAGAAACCAACAAGAAUCUUCAAAAGGCAGAGGAGGAACUUCAGGAAUUAAGAGAUAAAAUUGCCAAAGGAGAAUGUGGAAAUUCCAGCCUCAUGGCCGAAGUGGAGAAUCUCCGAAAGCGUGUGCUUGAAAUGGAGGGCAAAGAUGAGGAGAUCACGAAAACUGAAUCCCAGUGCCGGGAACUGAGGAAGAAGCUGCAAGAGGAAGAACACCAUAGUAAGGAGCUCAAACUUGAAGUUGAGAAGUUACAGAAGAGAAUGUCUGAGCUGGAGAAAUUGGAAGAGGCAUUUAGCAAGAGUAAAUCUGAAUGCACUCAACUGCAUUUAAAUCUGGAGAAAGAAAAGAACUUAACCAAAGACCUGCUAAAUGAAUUGGAGGUGGUCAAGAGUCGAGUAAAAGAACUUGAAUGUUCUGAAAGUAGAUUGGAAAAGGCUGAAUUAAGCCUAAAAGAUGAUCUUACGAAGCUGAAGUCAUUUACUGUGAUGCUAGUUGAUGAAAGGAAAAAUAUGAUGGAAAAAAUAAAACAGGAGGAGAGAAAAGUGGAUGGGCUGAAUAAGAAUUUUAAGGUGGAACAAGGAAAGGUUAUGGAUGUCACUGAAAAACUGAUCGAAGAAAGUAAGAAGCUGUUGAAACUGAAAUCCGAAAUGGAGGAAAAGGUGUACCAUCUGACAAAAGAGAGAGAUGAAUUGAUGGGAAAACUGAAAAGCGAAGAAGAAAAGUCUUCUGAGUUAAGCUGCAGUGUUGACUUACUGAAGAAGAGGCUGGAUGGUAUCGAGGAAGUGGAAAGAGAAAUCACAAGAGGGAGAUCUCGAAAGGGACCCGAACUCACCUGCCCGGAAGAUAAUAAGAUUAAGGAAUUAACACUUGAGAUUGAGAGGCUGAAGAAACGCCUCCAGCAGCUGGAGGUGGUGGAAGGGGAUCUGAUGAAGACGGAGGAUGAGUAUGAUCAGCUGGAGCAGAAAUUUAGAACUGAGCAAGAUAAGGCUAACUUCCUUUCCCAGCAGCUGGAGGAGAUCAAGCACCAAAUUGCCAAGAACAAAGCAAUAGAGAAAGGUGAAGUGGUGAGUCAGGAAGCUGAGCUGAGACACAGAUUUCGACUGGAAGAAGCCAAAAGUCGAGACUUGAAAGCCGAAGUCCAAGCUCUGAAAGAAAAGAUUCACGAGUUAAUGAACAAAGAAGAUCAGCUUUCUCAACUCCAAGUAGAUUAUUCGGUCCUUCAACAACGAUUUAUGGAAGAAGAAAAUAAAAACAAAAGCAUGGGGCAGGAAGUCCUUAGUCUGACCAAAGAGUUGGAGCUUUCUAAGCGCUACAGCCGAGCUCUCAGACCCAGCGUGAAUGGGAGGAGAAUGGUGGAUGUCCCCGUGACGUCCACAGGAGUACAGACGGACACGGUCAGCGGCGAUGCGGCUGAGGAGGAAACACCGGCAGUGUUCAUACGGAAAUCCUUUCAAGAAGAAAAUCACAUCAUGAGUAAUCUUCGACAGGUGGGAUUGAAAAAGCCGAUGGAACGCUCCUCUGUUCUAGACCGGUAUCCUCCAGCCGCGAAUGAGCUCACCAUGAGAAAGUCAUGGAUUCCAUGGAUGAGAAAACGGGAGAAUGGCCCCCCAGUCAUGCAGGAGAAAGGGCCCCGCACAAAUUCCAGCCCAGGGCACCCAGGAGAGCUGGUGCUUUCACCAAAGCAGGGCCAGCCCCUGCAUAUCCGGGUGACUCCAGACCACGAGAACAGCACUGCCACUUUGGAGAUAACAAGCCCCACAUCUGAAGAGUUUUUUUCUAGUACCACUGUCAUUCCCACCUUAGGGAAUCAGAAACCAAGGAUAACUAUUAUUCCAUCUCCAAAUGUUAUGUCCUCAAAACCAAAAAGUGGAGAUACUAGUCUUGGCACAGAACGAGCCAUGUCCCCAGUCACAAUCACUACGUUUUCCAGAGAGAAGACCCCGGAAGGUGGAAGAGGCACAUUUUCAGACCGGCCCACGUCACCCAUUCAGAUAAUGACGGUGUCCACAUCAGCAGCACCAGCUGAGAUGGCAGUUCCACCCGAAUCCCAGGAAGUGCCCAUGGGAAGGACUAUCCUCAAAGUCACCCCAGAAAAACAGACUGUCCCAACUCCAGUACGGAAAUACAACUCCAAUGCCAACAUUAUAACCACGGAAGACAAUAAAAUUCACAUUCACUUAGGUUCUCAGUUUAAACGAUCUUCUGCAACUCCAGCUGAAGGAGUCAGUCCGGUGAUAACUGUCCGACCACUCAACGUGGCGGCUGAAAAGGAGGUUUCCACCGGCACCGUCCUUCGCUCUCCCAGGAAUCAUCUCUCUUCGAGACCUGGUGCGAGCAAAGUGACAAGCACCAUCACCAUAACACCAGUCACGACCUCUUCCACUCGAGGAACCCAGUCAGUGUCUGGACAAGAUGGGUCAUCCCAGCGGCCUACACCCACCCGCAUUCCCAUGUCAAAAGAAAGCAUCAUCAUUCACCAGUUACGUAUGAACUCCAGAUGAAAUGGUAAACCAAACACAUAUUGGGUGUGUGUACUUCCUCUGAAUCCCUGUUGAAUGGAUAAUAUUUCUACAGUCCUUCAUCAUCACUAAAGUUCUCCAUGCUACUGAUCACGACUGGAAACAUUUGACUACUUCCAGUGAUUUUUUUUUUUUUGAGGGUAUAAUGUAACAGUUGAAAAUGGCCUUGCUGAUAACAUGAAAAUAUGUAGCAAGAGCAAUUGAAUCUUUGUGCCAAAAGAAAUUUCUCUUUUGCAAUGCUUUCAGGUUCAUGGGCACAUGCUAUGUAAUUUAUUUUUAUAAUACAUUUUGUAAUGUGACUUUUUCCCAGAAGUGUUUCCUUUUUCAUAGUCUAUGGCACAUAUAUCUGUGGAAUACACUGUCAGUUCCUCAAAGUAUUGGUAUUGUUGUGUUCAGAAUGGUAACCCAUAAUUCUUUUCAUCAAUUUGUUAUUUUUCAAGAAAAAGUAAAACAUAGGUAAAACUUAGAAGCAGGAGAUUCUGGUAGAGGUUUCCUUUUCAUUUGUAUAAUACUAUGAUUUUGAUCCUGGUUCAGUACUGACAAAUAAUGCUCUGCCUUAAGAGCUUAAUUUUAAAAGCUAGUUUUUGAAGUUGCUCUGUCUGGUGUUCUGUGCCAAGAACCUUAGAUGAAUUGAAUUUCAUAUGGAAUAAAUUCAUACAAGGAUAUGUACCAGUUUAACCAAUUAGGGUACAGGAACAGUUCUGAAUGACAGCUCAAUUAUAUUUGUUUGUAUUAUUUACUUAUAAGACUUACAAUAAGGACUGUGAUACCAGGAUAUUUCUCAUAACCUAUCCCUAAUGAAAGCUUGAAAAUAAAAACUGAUCUAGAUAAGUUAGCAUCUUUUAAAUAGUAAGAAAUCCUGAGAUAGACAACUUUUUUCUCCUUGCGUUUUAUGGAUUUUCAUAAUCACAUGUAGGUUAAAGAAUAUAAUCUUUAAAGACAAAAAGCACAUGUGUCACUUAAGUUUCCAUGUCAGAGCUGCUGUAGAAUUUAGGUUUGUAUGAAAAUGUACAUGUAAAAUCUACUUGAAACCCUAAUAAUUUAUUUUAAAAAUUAGUUUUUAAAAAUAUGGACAUUUUCAAUCAGGUCUUAAAAGAUAAUUUUAAAGAUAAAUCAAGAUGUGACAAUUCAAUUUCUGAAGGCAGAAAAUCAUCUGUCAGGUAAAUACCAAGAUUAUGGUAAGAAUGCUUAUGAAUUCACAUGGAUAACUAAAAGCCACACAAAUAAUACCAUUGACUCAUUCUUCUGGGUACAGAUUAUGCCAGGCUAAUAAAUCCAGAGGGGGUCCAUGCUGAGUCUCUGGAGUAGAGGAAUUAAUGCUGGGUUUCUUCCCCUACAUAACCUAAGAUUUUAAGAUAUACCUCGUGGAAUUGGCAAGUCAUAUUCAACAAGUAUUAUAAAUAAAAUAACUAUUCUUUGUUAAAAACUAUUUUUGAUUUUUUUAAUUAAAAGAAGAGUAGGCUUACCCUAGCUUUAGUGACUGAAAAAGCAUCAUAUAACCUUCCCUGGUUUUGAUUACUAAGAAAACUAGUGUGUGUAUGUGUGAAGAUUUUCCUGUUGUUGUUACUGAGUUUUGUUUCCUGAAAAUGUUGAACUGUAAUGACAUUUUCAAUUAGAAAAAGAUUUUAUUUAGUAUUGUUCUAUUUUUCCUGACUCACAUUUGAGCUCCCUAUUUGCCUCUGAGGCAAAAAUAUUUGGAUGUGUCACAGAUCAGCAGUUUUGAAGCAAACUGCUUUUUCUCAAGCUGUGAGAAUUUUAUUGUACUAAUUGUGAAAAUGCUAGAAGAUAAGAUAUAAGCAGUUUCUUGAUUUUAACUUAAGAUAUUACAAGUAACGUAUGCAUCUUUGGAGCUGAAGUUUUUUAUUCUCCUAAAUUUAUAAUGAAAUUUGGUGCUGCAAGAACAGCUAGGAUGAUGGUGCAGUCAUUUAGACAGGCACUGAGCUUUCUUCUGCCAUGCUACAGCUAAGGCCUCUGUGUAAACUGAAUGGAAUCUGAGAGGGUAAAAUGUAUCAGAUUAAUUCUGGAAUGAGAGACAAUAUGCAAAAUUAAUUGAUAGUCACAAAAAACAUGAAUGGACAUAUCAUGCAUAAGCAAAUAAGUUUAUAGUCACAUCUAGAUAUCCACAUCUAAUUGAAAAAAUUGCCUUAACAUGCAACCCUGGUACUAUCCUAUGCUCACAUAAUUUCUCUCUCCUUUUUGUAAAUAAAUCUCCAAUCACUAAUCUGAACUACAGUCAUUUCUGAAUGGAAUAAUUAUAAAUGUUUUCUGAAAUAUAAUCAGUGUUUCCCAUUCAAGGCACAACACUGAAUUACUAAUUAUUUUAGCCUUUUAUUUUUCAUAUGGGAGUGUUUCUUAAGAGUAUCUUCUACAAAGAUUUUUUUUCAAGUAUUUCAUAAAGUGUUGGAGUUUGAUGAAGAUAGUGGAUAAAGUCUAUGAACCACAUGUCAAAUGCCUGGAAUGUUCACAAAAUGAGAAGAAUUAACUGUAUAUUAGGACAAUCAGAAAAUAAAAUUCAUGAUGUGAUACAUUUAUAUAUUAGCAUAAACAUCAACAUUACUGAAAAAAUUCACAGCUUCUAAAAAAUCAGUGGGAAAUUAAAUUAGUAAAUGGUGAGAAAUGUAAUGUUUUCCACCUUUCUCCAAUCCUAUGGUUGAAUUUUCUUGGAAAUGAAUAAAAAACAUAGUAAAAGUAGGAUGUACAUGAUUUUGGUAAACAACAACUCCGAAAACAGUAACAUGUACAACAGAAGAUAAAAUGCACUUGAGGCAUAGGGCCUCCUGUGUACUCUCAAUGCUAUACCUGUGCUAAAAGCACUAAUUAGAAAGCAAGGAAAAAGAGUAAAAAUCUCUCUGUCUUAAAUUUAUAAAAAUUGGGAAAGUUUUGUUGAAUUAAUUUUGGCAGUUAUUUUUUAAGUGUUUAUCAUUUAUUCCAUUAUUAUGUGAUGACAGUUGUGUUUGUUAUCUAGGGAAAAUGCUAUAGAUUCAUAAAUUUGAACAGAAAUGUUUAUAGAUGCCAUGACAUGGUACAUUUAUUUCCUGGUGGUGUUUUUUCAUUAAUGUUAUUUGGGGAAUUUUACCUUGCCAUCCACAGAUUUGUUAUUUUAACAGUGGAGAUCUGUAUUUAUUUAAUAUAUAUUUUGUUUUAAAAAUAUCCAAUAUAAGAGGCUUACUGUGUGAUCAGACAUUCUCUGAAAUUUUGCAGGUUUUUUUGAGAGCAAAAGAGUGUGUUGAAUAGUUAUGGAAAUACAUUCUAUUUUCAAACAAUUUUUAAUUUUUUCUCUUAAUUUUUAUUAAGUAUGUGAGAAUUUAUUUUUCACUGGAGCCAACUGAAUUUAUGGAUAUGUACUUGUCUUCUAUAUGAAUGUAAUAUCCUGCUUUCAGUUCUUCACAGUUUAUUGAAAUUAUUUAACCAGUUAAGAUAUUAUUUGUAUUACUUCCAAAG